AUGGUAAGGCACUUUGAUGCAAUCGGAUUGAUAUCUCAGGGAAAGAAUACAGUGUUAAUGAAAGCAUUUGAUGGAAAGAGUCGCAGAAAUAUUGUACUGAAAAGAUAUUUAGAUCAAGUGAAUGGAGGAGCUCAUGAGUAUUAUAGAGAACGAAGCACAUUUGAAGCAUUGCCACCUCAUCAAAACAUCAUAGGAUAUAAUGGAUGCAGAGAGGAUGUAGACGGAUGUUAUUUAGUUCUGGAAUAUUUUAAAAGCAAGACAAUGCAGAAGGUCGUAUCUGGCAUGGAUUUAUGCAAUUGUUUAGCAUGUAUGUGUUUGAAGGUUCAAUGGCUUGUACAAGUGCUCGAUGCAUUGAAGCACAUGCAUAACAAUCAUGUAUAUCAUUGCGACAUAAAACCUGAAAACAUACUGAUCGCAGGAAGUAAAGUUAAGGUGAUUGACUUCGGGUGUUCGAUAAUUAGUGCACAAGGUGUUGUAAAAGGUAGUAAUGUUGUGUUACUUGGAACACCUGGGUUUGGAACGGUGGAAGUUGGGGAUCUUACAUACAAUGGAGACGUGGAGCUAGCUCAUAUGGAUAUCUGGGCGUUUGGAUGUGUUCUGUACUAUGUAUGUACGGGCAGUGUUCCAUUUGUUGCUGAGAGCAUGAUUGACACACUCAGAAAUGUCAGAAACAUUGAUGUGGAUCUUGAAGUGGUGCCUACGUGUGUAUCUAAGAUUCUUAAACGCAUCUUCACAAAGAAAAUUGUUAACAGAUAUACUAUUGAAGAACUGGAGACUGAUAUUAGAAAGAUAGUUGGCCAUGAUAGACAGCAUUUGGCAUAA